UAACCUUCACAAGCACCAGGUUCUGCAAGAAUUUGACGAGAUAUGGUGGAUGUUUGUGAAAGUAGGAAGCCACACCAGUAUCAGAGGAAAUAAGAGAAGGACGUCCAAGCACCUUAUCAUGCGAUAUGUAAUAUGAGAUCUGAAAUCCUCAGUGAAAUACUGUAAGUACAAGGGGGAUGAGAGGGACUAACUGGUAACCGGGGCUGAUUCAUGAUAUGCCCACACGUGUUCAGUAACAAGGGACAUCAUUUCGUCUUACCUAAUAAUGAACCGUUAGAGGUGCAAGAUAUGAUGCAACGUGGACUUGUUUAGAUGAAAAAAAUACACCCUAAUAUGUAGUAUAUCCUUUAUUUAUCCACUAUAGUGGACUUGUGAAUGCAAUACGCAUAGACAUUCUUAAUCUUUAUGUAAAAAAUAAGUAGUUUUGAGUGUUAAAACACGAUUUAGUUUCCCCACGUGCGCCGAUGGAUUGAGAAGCACUCUCUCUGUUCCAUGUUUUUAACUACCAUAACUACAAAAUAUUUGAUUUAUUUUGUCAAACGACAUGGAUGAAAGUCUUCUACUGGGACUUCGUUGCUCAGAUGAUCCUUCUUCGCAAACUAAGACGCUGCAGUAUUUCGAGCAGUUGAAGAAUUCUCCCGAAGGAUGGAGGAUCUGCGGAGAUGCGCUAAUUCGAGGGAUUUACAGUGAUGAUAAUGUCAAGUUCUUUUGCUUUCAAGUCUUGGAACAUCACAUCAGGACAAGGCAUGGUAUUUCAGAACUUCCUGCUCAACAAGCGUUGCGAAAGAUUCUGAUGACCUGGUACCAUAAUCAGUGUUCUGGUGAGAAAGACAAGAGCUUCAUAUGUAACAAGGCAGCUCAAGCAUUUGCCUUGACCUUCGUUGUUGACUAUCCUCAUCAGUGGCUGUCAUUCUUCAGAGAUCUGCACCAGACCCUUGGUUCUGGACCUGUAGCUGUUGACUUAUAUCUCAGGAUCUUGAAAGCUAUUGAUGAAGAAGUGGUUGACAAAGAUGUUGCAAGAACUCCACAGGUUAUGGAGGCUGAUAGGAACACAGCAAUAAAAGACUUCAUGAGAGAACAUUGUAUCCCAGACAUAGUCAACUCCUGGUUUGAAAUCUUGAAAACUUAUGAAGGAACUGACCCAGCGCUGACAUGCUUGUGUCUAGAAGUAGUGAGUUCAUAUGUGGCAUGGAUUGAUAUUAGUCUCAUAGCAAAUGAAAAAUUUAUUAGUGUAUUAUUGCAUCUGAUAACAGUAGAUGUGUUACGUGAGAGUGUCUGUGACUGUUUUCAUGGGAUCAUCAGUAAAGGAAUGGAUCCAUUAGCCAAGACAGAACUAGUAGAAUCUCUUGUAAGGGUGCUGGAAAGUGCUGGUGUAAUGGCUCCCUCAGAGGAUGUGGAUAAUGAUUAUCUGGCUAAACUUGCAAGAUUAGCAAACUGUAUAGGAAUACAACUAAUCAACAGCUAUACCAAGUUAUUGAAGUCCAAUAAUGAAGCAGCUGCUAACGACACGCUCCAAGCCAUUGAAAAUAAACUUCCUCUCCUGUACAGGUUUCUUGGUGAUGAAGAUGAUGAUAUCUCCCAUACCAUUAAUGGUUUUGCAUAUUCAUAUCUGUUACUCCURAAACAGGCUUCUUCAUUGAGUGCUCAACAAAAACAAAACUUAAAGGGUAUAUUGUAUACAGUGAUAAAAAAGAUGAAGUAUGAUGAGUCCUAUAACUUUUCUCGUGAGGAUGAAGAUGAAGUCAUGUUUAUGGAAUUUAGAAAAGAGAUGAAAGUUCUAUUUGAUAACAUAGCCCAACAGGAUGCUAAUCUGGUCCUUGUUAUCGUACACAAUGUCUUGAAUUCUACAUUAGAGAGAUUGCAAGAAGCUAAGUUCAUGGAUGUAGAAAUAGCUGUAAGACUUGUAUUUAUGCUUGGUGAAGCAAUCCCUGCACAGCAGUUAUACACAGAUUCAUCAAGAUUUGGUGCUCUACAGCAAAUGCUGAGUGCUCUUGUUUCAAGUCGUGUCUCAUACUAUCAACAUUCAUCAGUAUCACUAAUGUAUUUUGAAACUGUUGUGAGAUAUGAAAAAUUCUUCAGCUCUAAUCCAGAGCACAUUCCUACUGUUCUUAUAGCAUUCCUUGAUGAGCGAGGGCUGCGUAACGACAACAGCUUGGUUAGGAGUAGAUGCUGUUAUCUUCUCUCUAGGUUCAUUAAAUCACACAAGAAUCAAAUGCAUAAUUAUGUAGAUGAUGUUCUAAAAAGACUGCAGUCUCUUCUUAUCACUGCUUCUGAUAAUGGAUACCAGCACCUUCUGUCCGCAGAUGAGCAGCUAUUUUUAUAUGAAUGUGCUGGAAUGCUUAUAGCUUCAAGUGGAUCUUCACAAGAGAACAAAUUGUUAUACAUGGAUAAUCUACUAUCACCAGUUAUCAGUAAAUUUGACAUGGCUUUAACCAAGCUCCUGUCAGAACUGGAUCAACCAUCUUCUCUUCCCUGUGCUCAGCUGCUCUACAACCUUGUGUCUUUUGCCAGUCGUACAAGUAAAGCUUUUGCAAACCAACAGUCUUUGAACCAAAGUGGAUGUACACCGUGCUUCAAAAAUGCAUUACCAGUGUUCCUACGUGCACUUACUGUACCAGUACAUCGUGAUAUUAUCCAUAAUGGAGUACGGCAGUACCUUCACAGGAUGGUGGUUUGUCUAGGAGAAGAUGUUUUGCCUUUCAUCCCUGUAGCUGUUACACAUCUUCUGAAGGACUGUUCAGCAAGAGACAUUCAAGAUUUCAUUCCUUUGAUAAAUCAAAUUAUUGGAAAAUUCAAGAGUCAUAUUGCACCAUUUCUGUGUGAAGUAUUUAUGGCAAUAGUUAAUGCUAUAUUUACUGUUCUCAACAAGCCGGUCGAAGAAGCCGAUACACAGGUGGCCAAGGAAAAGGAAACUCUGAGACGAAGCUAUUUUCUUUUUAUUUCUGCAAUUGUCAGUAACAAUGUAGCUGAAGUACUCACUAAUCAAGAACCCCAAAAUGUUCAUCAAGUACUUCUAACGAUAAUCCAAGGAGCAGUGGACUAUCCAGACCCAGUGGCCCAAAAACUGUGUUUCAAUAUUCUUCGCAAGCUGGUGGAUCUCUGGGGUGGUAACAGUAUAGAGAGUGGUUUCAAGGAUUUUAUGUAUGACAGUAUUGUACCAGCUUGUUUUCUUGCUCCUAUGAAAUCUACCUUCAACAUGGAGGAUGCACAGACAUUCCUGGCAAUGCAAGAGAUUGCACAGACACAGAAAACUAUUUUACAAAAACAGGGAAACGAUUAUUUGAAUUACCUCCAAAUGAAGUACCUUCCCAGUCUUAACCUAUCACCAUCUCUAGUACAGGAAUAUACUCAAGCUCUUCAACAUGCAGACAUGAAGACCUUUAAAAAUUAUUCAAAAGCAUUCUUUACCCAAUUGCAAACAUGACGAGAGUGAUUCCCUCUGUUCUAUACUCUAGAGGGACAACACAUCAGUCAAGAAAUAUCUAUUAGAAUACAGAAAAUAAAGAAGUACUGUAAUUUAUUAAAUUUAAAAAAUAGGAAUACAAUAUUUGUACAAAGAAAAUGUUUGUAGUCAACUACAGUACUUUAUUAUCCCACUAUACUCAGUAGAGUACAAAUAUUGCAGUUAAACAUGCAUUGAGCAAGUACAAAUAUUCUGCUAUAUUCAUACUCUAAAAAUCACAAGUGGCAUAUUUGCAAUAUUCGGUCAUAAAAAUAGUUGGAUAAUAGAUAACUAUUAGAUUAACUAUUAGGUAUGCAGUAAGGAUAGACAUUUUUUCUUUACAAAAUACUGAAGACUUGAAAAAUAUCCAUCCAUAAGUUGCACCUUGUACUUUGUAUUUUUGACAAUGGCCAUUUUUUGUUAGUCUAACAUUUUUUAUUAUUAUUAUUAGUCAUAAAAUAUGUGAAGAAAGAUUUCUUCAAAGUCCUGCCCUGUCUUUAUCAUAACUUGUGAUGUGUGUGUGUGUGUGUGUGUUGGUGUAUCAGGUUUUUGUAUAUGAUACAAGCAUAGUUGUUUUUAAUGGUAACACACACACUACAGCUAUAAUAUGUAUAUGUUUUGUUCUUGUGAGUUUCUCUUGAGUCAGCGCCUUUUCUCAUUUCCCAGGAUGCUUUACUUUUUUGGGUAACUGGUCAAAAAAAUGUCAGAACAUUCUUUAAUCAGAUGUGGCUUACAUUUUCUUUUGUCUCUUUUACAUCUUUAAAUACUACAAGAUGCAUUUGCAACAUCUUCUCAUCAGAAGAUGUAAUUAUGGGGAAUAAGAAAAUGGGAAUAGGCCAUUUCACGGAUCCUGUUACUCAACAUCCCGUUACUCAACAUCAGCCUCGUCAGCAUGUAAUUAUUCUUUAGAAUUUGACUACAGUCCGCAGUAAUGAAAGGAAUUUACACAUCAACGAACAACACUUAAAAUUUCACAGGUUGUAGGCAAUUUCUAAAGAAUAUAUUACACGUUGAUGAGGCUGAGGUUGAGUAACGGGAUCCGUGAAAUGGCCUAUUUAUGAAAUUUGCUUAAUGUCAGUAGCUAAUACAAGUCGAAAAGAGAUCAUUUAUUUUUUAUCAACUCUAAAAUGGCCAUGUCAAAAAAUCAAGUUAGAAAAUAUUUUAAUUUUCUUUUGUUCUGUUAUGUGACAGGCUUCAAGCUUGUUGAUUAGAUUUUGUUAUGUUUGGAUUAUAUUUUCGAUUAAUA